AUGACUCCAGUAUGUCUGACUGUCGACUGUAUGUCUGACUCCGCUCAUAUCCUCUUUUUUCGGGGACAAAACACUACUAGAGAUGAAUAUAGGGUGCAGCUAGACUGCCUCUUUGCAAUCAGUGUUUUCGAGAACGCUAAGGAACAGCUGUUAUUUUCGAAAGGUACAGAAACUGGUGGAAAAGUGUGGGCCGUUUCUAACAUUAUCACCGAACUUCAUUACAGUGAUGUGCUAAUUCGUGGAGGAAAUGCCGUGGAUUCUGCUAUAGCGACCGCCGUUUGCGUAGGAGCCGCCCAUCCACACAAUAGCGGAUUUGGUGGCGGAAUGAACUUUAAAGUGUGUUGGUCAUCUUUCAUCAGAAGUGUAGGCUGGCGUAAACGGUUGCUGCAAAGGGAGUCACUUUUCAUUUGUUUCACUUAUUAG